GGAAGUGUGUUCAACUCAUCUGCACACAAAAAAGCUUUUGGUAUCAAAUAUGGCAUAUGAGGUUAACAAAAACCCAAAAGAAACAAAUAUUCCACAAGAUGAAGAAAUAAUCAAAAAUAAUUCCCAUUCAUCGGUUAAAUUCAAGUAUGUUAAGCUUGGUUAUCAUUAUGUUAUCUCAAAUUUGUUAUACUUGAUCUUCUUCUUCCUGUUCAUCCCAUUCGUUGUCGUUCCUAUAACCAAACAAGACAUAACCCAACUAUGGAACAAUAAUUAUAAUCUCCUGAAGCCUAACCAUUUAUCAAUUCUUACUCUAUUCGUCUUCCUUGCUAUGCUUGUUUCCUUACACAUAAGCCGCGGUAAGAAAAGAGUAUUCCUAGUCGAUUUCGCUUGUUGUAAGCCAAACCCUUCCUUUAAAACAUCUAAAACAACAUGCGUUGAUAGAAUUGCACAAUAUGGGACAUUCACUCAACAAAACAUUGAAUUUCAAAAGAAGUUAUUUGAGAGGUCUGGGGUAGGCGACGAGUCUUACUUGCCGGACUCUCUAACAAAUAUUCCUCCGAAUCCGACAAUGGAAAAGGCGAGAAAGGAGGCGGAAGAUCUGAUGUUUGUUGCCAUUGAUGAAUUACUUGCAAAAACAGAGGUUUUGCCUAAAGAUAUAGGGAUACUUGUUGUCAAUUGUAGUGUGUUUAAUCCUUUGCCUUCGCUUUCUGCAACUGUCGUCAACCAUUAUAAGCUUAAAGAGGAUAUUGUCACUUAUAAUCUUGCUGGUAUGGGCUGCAGUGCUGGCCUCAUUUCCAUUGAUCUUGCCAAAGAUCUAUUACAGGUGCAUCCCAAUUCAUAUGCUUUGGUUGUCAGCUUAGAGAGCUUAACACAAAAUUGGUACUGUGGAAACGACCGUUCAAUGCUCAUCUCAAACUGCCUAUUUCGGAUUGGUGCCGCUGCAAUUCUCCUGUCAAACAAACGUUGUGAUUCUCAUCGAUCAAAGUACGAACUUGUACAUGUUGUUCGCACCCACAAAGGCGCAAAUGACAAGAGUUAUAGAUGUGUAUACCAACGAGACGAUGAAACAGGACGUCGUGGUAUUUCCCUCUCCAAAGACCUAAUGGUAGUGGCAGGGGAAGCUUUAAAAACUAAUAUCACAACCCUCGGGCCUUUAGUUCUUCCAAUAUCGGAACAACUUUUGUUUUUAGCUUCGUUGUUUGGAAAAAAGGUACUCCGUAUGCACAAAAUUAAACCAUAUGUACCAGAUUUCAAGCUUGCUUUCGAGCAUUUUUGUAUUCAUGCCGGAGGAAGAGCCGUGCUUGAUGAAUUAGAAAAAAGCCUUAAGCUCUCUCAGUUACACAUGGAGCCUUCAAGGAUGACUCUUUAUAGAUAUGGAAAUACGUCUAGUAGUUCAGUGUGGUACCAGCUCGCAUACCUUGAGGCUAAGGGGAGGAUCAAAAGAGGUGAUAGGAUUUGGCAGAUUGGUUUCGGAUCAGGUUUUAAGUGUAAUAGCGCGGUUUGGCGUGCUUUACGUAAUAUUAAUCCCAAUGAGGAGAUAAACCCUUGGAUGAGCGAGAUUCAUAAAUUUCCUGUCAAUGUACUUCAAGUAUCACCUAUUAUCAUGACAAACACAAAAUGAUUUGGUUCUCCAGUGCUAGCUAUGUACAAUUCCACAAUACAUUUCUGAUUUCUUCAUUGUGGAUUUGUGUUUUCUUGGCGAGGAAUAAUCCCUAAGUAGCAACAAUUACGAUGUACAAUUAUGUUUGUUUUUUUUUCUUCUGAGAACACCAUUUUUGGUCUUUUUGUUAUGUACACCAUUUUGCCCGAAGUACCUUUUUGUUAGGUACAACUCUUCUCAUGUAUUCUGCUUUUGCAAAUGCUCCGUACUCGUGUACACAGGAGUAUAUGCUUCCAUACUUUAUACGGAGUAUUUUUUUAGUUUAUUUAAUUUGACUACUUUUACGUUUUCUAA